AUGGCAGCACUUUUGCAUGGAGACGAGAAAGAAGCGCCUCCGGAUGACAGCGUCGUCGUUACGGAAACCGUUGAGAUGGAUGUUGUUACAAGCGCUCAGAGUACUGUCUUGGAUACAGUCAAUGCAAAGUAUACCGAAGAUGAAUACAGGCGUGUUCUCAAAAAGAUUGAUCGCAUUCUGCUGCCGCUCAUGUGGCUAUGCUACGGCACCCAACAGGCAGAUAAAACGGCCGUCUCUACGCAAGCAACGUUUGGAAUGAUAAACGACAUUGGAUUGGUCGGUCAGCAAUUAUCGUGGUUGACGACCGCCUUCUAUAUUGCCUAUCUCGUAGGCGAACCCCCUGGCAACUACUUGAUGCAGCGAUUCAGCGUGAACAAGAUACUAUUUAUCUGCAUGUUUUGCUGGGGCGUUGUUGUCCUCUGCGUCGCAUUUGUUCAAGAUUUUGCCCAGAUUAUAGCACUGCGGUCCUUGCAAGGCCUUUUCGAAUGCACAAUUUCCCCUGCUUUUCUUCUUAUCACGGCCUCUUUCUACAUUAGUCAAGAGCAUACCAUGCGAUCCAUCAUUUGGACAACGGCAAACAGUGGCUUUGACAUUAUAACGCAGUUGGUCAUUGUUUUUCUUGGAUCCUGGACGAUACUCCUCUCGUUUGUGGCAUUAUUCUUUGUGGGAACACCCAACGAAGUUAGAUGGUUAUCCAAAAAGGAGAAACACAUGGUUGCUACAAGAGUCGCCAAUAACCAGACUGGAUCUGACGGUCACCAUUCAUGGCGUUGGGACCAAGUCCAAGAUGCUUUCAAAGACCCUCAGACUUACUUCUUCUUUUUCGCAGUCAUUGCUGCCGGGAUACCCUUUGGCGGAACGGCGGCAUUUGGUAAUCUCGUUUUUGUAUCAUUUGGGUUUACUAACUUGGAGACGAUAGUCAAAGGCAUCAUUCCAUUGGAUCUUCUAAGUGUUGCGUGGCUGUUACUGGGCGGAUUUUGGUCGCUGAAGAAGCCUCAAACUAGAUUUUACCUCAUGAUCGCCUCAACUAUCCCGUCAUUUGUCGGCAUGUUGACUUUGGGACUCUUGCCCAAGGAAGGCUUAUUAUGGACUCGAUGGGGUCUCUAUCUGAUGAUGGCAACAGGGAGACUACCGGCCACGCUAAUCUGGACACUGUUACCAUCCAAUGUCGCGGGGAGAACUAAAAAAUCCGUCACCAGCGCCGUCAUUUUCAUUGCAGUGUGCAUUGGCAAUGCUAUUGGAUCUCAGACGUUUCGUGCUGAAUGGGCACCUAGAUAUGUCCCUGCACUUGUGAUAUGUGGCAUCAUGUACGCAGUGCAGUGCAUUCUGUUCACUCUGUGGCGACUACACUACGUAUCUCAGAACAGACGACGGGCCAAGAAGGUCGCGGAGAUGGGAAUGACACCGGAAGAAUCCAAAUACCAAGGUAAAAUUAACGGAGAGUCUGAUGUGACAGAUUGGCAGAACAUUCAUUUUAGGUACAAUUUGUAA